CGCCUCCGCGGCCGGCGUCGACGCGGACUCAGCCCCGGAGCCCCCUCUACUGCCCAGAGGCCGCAGCCGCCGCCCGCCCAGCCGCCAGCCCGCCUGCCCGGCCAGCCCCAGGCUCCCGGGAACGUCAGCACGCCGCCGUCUCCGGACAAGCUCCCCGACAACCCCAUUGGUCGGAAGAAAAAGGCUGACCCUCCCCAUUGGCCCGGCCCUCAUAUUGAACCUGCCAAUGGGAACUGCGGUUUCAGGUCGCCAUAGAGACCGAUGCUGUUAAGAGCCGGAGGGCCUGGAGAAGGUGGGGAGUGAAGAUGAGCCAGUCUCUGGCCUCCAGCGCCAGAGAGGGUGGGGGAAAGAGGUACUAGAGGAUUCCCGAGCUCUGGCUCUGAAAUCUGGGACAGGUUUGCUUUGUCUUAUUGUCAACCCAAUUGUACAUGGUAGGGUUUCUCUCUGGCCUCAAAGGCAUGAACCGUUGAGCCCCUAGACUUAUACUUGACUGUAAGAGCCCCGUAGUGGGCGUUUUACUUCUGCAUCUGAAGAGCCGGCAAGGCUAUGCCCUUUGACUUUUGACAUCUGUGCAGCUUCGGCUUCUCCAGAUGUGGAAAACAUGAAUAACAGAGAUUGGCCAUUCAUGACAAUUCAGAGAAAUGCUAGUUCAGACACUCCGGUAUUCCAUACAAAAAAUAGGAUGAGAAGCACCAUGUACAAGCCAGUAGACUAUCAACAAUUGCGUGCUUUAACUGAAGCGAGAAAGUUAGCUUCAACUUCUACAGAGCUAAAGAUUAGAAAAGCAAUGCAGACUUCAAAGACAUCCAAAGAGCAAAUGCUAAUAAAACAGCACAAGCAAGUGUGGUGGCAGGAACACCAAAAGCUGAAGGAAGCCAGAUUUAAAUUGGAAUCUGAUAUAAAAUCUUUUCUCAAUGAAGAGAAAAUUGGAAAUGAAUGUCUUUGUGAGCUUAGGAAUUCUGAACAAGAGUUAUCAGAACAAUGGUGCACAUAUCUUAAAAAUGUGAUAAAUCCUAUUCUGCAGCUGAGAACAGAUUUAAAGUACAAUCAGUGUCACACUUCACGGAGUUCACAUGCCCAUAUGGAGUUUAAUUCAUUGACAGUACUGGAAGAGGUUGACUUUGUGAAGAAACAAUUGAAAGCAAUCUUUGAAAGACUUAGACUGGAGCAACAGGAAAUAGAAAGGGAUCUUUCAGACUGGAAUAUGAAAAUACUGGAUUAUUCAUCAGAAGAGAAAACUAACCUGCUUAGUGAACUGCCCAUGGAAUUAGAAACUUUGGAAUGUCCAUACCCUGAUUUGAAAUCUUCAGUUCUCAAUGAGUUCUGUAACUUUACAGAGAAAUAUCAAAAGAAACUUCAAGAUUUUGAUGUACAGUUAGAAGACAUAAACAGAAACUUCCAACUAAGCAAAGAAGAUCACUGGAUUUACCAGGCUAUUUUAGAUCAGUAUCCUAGAGAUCUCUUUUGCAGAAGGACUCUGUAUCUGGAUAUGUUACAAAGAUAUUUUCCUCACAAAUCCAGGAGUGACCUGGUAGAACAUGAGAAACAUUGUGACCAAUAUCACUUUGCUAGGGAGCAGAGAAGGAUUCUAAUAGAAUAUUGGAAUAAGAAUAGAAAAGACUUCAUACAGAAGGCAGUACUCACCCUCCUUGAGGCCUGUGCAGCUCAUGAAAUGGACAGCAUAUUGGCUAAAGACAGGAAAAAACAACAGGAACUGUGUGCUGAUCUGAAAGCCAAGGUUUUCCAAUGGCGAGCCCACCAGGAAGAGUUGGCAAGAUUGGAAAUUGAAAUUUCUGCCAGAAGAAGAGAAAAGGAAGAGGAGAAAGAGAAACUGUGGAAAAAGAAGGAAUUGUUGCAAAGAGAAGAGAAGAAGAAAAAGAUAAGAAAAUACUGGGCUAAGAAAGAGCAGAAAUGGCAAGAAAUGGAAAUGAGAGAUCUACAGCGUCUAGAAGAACUGAAGAAAUUAAUGGCUGAACAGUCAGUAAGAGACAGAGAAAGGGUUAAAUAUAGACAAGAAUUAUUGGAAAAGCGUUUGAUGGAGAAAAAGGAAGUGGCCCUUCAAGAAGCACAUGAAGAAGAGGAGAAAGAGAGACGCCUGGAAGCCCUUAGGAAACAGGUUGCUGUUGUUGCUCAGUUUGAUCCUGUUAGGAUGAUGUCAGAUACAAUGGCAUCAAAAGCUAGAAUGGUUGUUGAAAAUGUAGAAGAGUUUAUUCUUCAAAAGCCCCUCUUCACAUUAAAUACAUACAAUGAACAGCAGAUAAUUUCUGACCCUCGACUUCGCUUUGAGUUAGCACUUCGAGAAGCUGGACUUCAUAAAACAUUGUAUGCCAAAGAGAUAUUACCAAAAAUCAGUCCUCAGAAACCUCCAAGAAGGGACAUGGAAUCUACUGUAUUUAAAAUCUAGAACUCAUACUCAAAUUCUUAUUAUAUGUAAACAAGAUUUUUCUUUGAGAACCUUCAUAUGGAUAACAAUAAUUACCACUUUCUAAAAUUUUUUAAAAUAUCAGACAUAGGAAUCAGCAUCUAUUAAAACAACUUUGCCUUUCUUUUAUAAUUCUUAGAAUUUUAUAAUUUCCUGUACCUUUAAGUUACAUUUAAUAGUACUAAAUUCCCCAAGAUUAUGAAAUUUAAUUAUGGCACAUAACAUCCAUACUGUUGUCCAAGGGAUCACACUAACAUUUAGAUAAACUGUGUUUUGGAGGUUGUGUUCUCCCAUGAAAAGAGCUCAAAAUAAGCAUUUGUGAGAAUUAUAAAUAAUGAAGUUGCUACCUGCUAAUGUUCAUUUCUGCUUGUUAUUUCAGAAUUUGACUUUUUAAUUAUGGAAACUUCAUUAUCAUUAAUACUUCUAUUAUUUUGUGAUUAUUAUAAGAGGAGAUUCAACCUUUCUCUAAAUUUAGAAACCAAUUUGGUACACCAUGUUUACUGCAAACCAAUCAUCCAAACAAUUUCAUUUUGCAAAUUAGCCCUUAAGAAUAAAUUAGAAAUUAGAAAUAGCAUUUCAAGCAUGGGAAUACCUGUUUUGGUUUGGAGAAAAAAAAUUGUAUGUUUAGAAAGAAUACAUUAAAAGUUAUGAUAUUUGGAAUGCUGUCAGAGUUCCAAAUUACAUAGUAAAUAUGUAGGUGAUUUUAUAGAAAGGGAACAUUUCAAAUAAAACUCAAGCAAAAAAUUCUGACUAUUUCUAAAAAGUAGUUAUUCCAUCAAAGCAAGUCCGAAUUGUUAAAAGUUGCCAUUGCUGUAUUUGAGAAGACUGCCCAUGUUUUUUCCUCUGUCUCAGCUCUCUGCUAUUUCCCAUGUUUUUUCCUCUGUUGCAGCUCUCUGCUAUUUCCCCAGCACCUCAAGCCCAGGAGUUACAGUCUCUAAGCAGUUACUAGAAUAACGUAAAACAAAACAAAAUCCAGUCUGACUGGUAGAAUCUUUUCUUCAUGAUUUUCCCCAGCAUCAUGAGAAUAAAUAAAACAAGUGUAGCUUGUCAAAAUAAACUUUCACAGGAGAUUCUACGGGAAAAAUCAUUACCCACAAUCCAAAAUUCAAUCUAAUACCCUCUCAGUCUAAUCUUGUGCUUCAUAGUAACAGCUCUUAAAAAGAGGGUAUGGGGUCUUUAACAAGAAGCUGGAAGUAGUGGGCAUUGGUACUUACGUUAAGGGUGUCUCUCAAGGUCAUAGUGUUCUUUCAUGGGCCUCAGACCAUAUGUUCACAGACGCAAACCAUAUCCUCUUCAGGGCAAGCAGAGUCCAUGGGUGCUUACCAAUAUUAAUGUCCACAUUCUUGUCCAAGGGAUCACACUCAAAUUCCAAGUGAAUAGUAAUUCUUUCACACUUUCCUAACAGGGAAUAAGUAAGCUGGAGGUAUCACUAUCAU